ACAAGAAGAAGAAGCGUCAAGAUGGCGAGACGGCGAAAUUAGUCUCAUAUCGGCAUCCGUAUUUUUAAAGCAGGAAGUCUUGCUGUUGCGUAGGGAACAACAACAGCUUCUUUUAAGGGACAAGUUGCUUGUUAAGUUGUAAGAUAAUCUUUUUCUCGAAAAUAUUGUUUGAACUUACACGGUAUAAAGAAUGGUUAGGGCAAUAGUUUGUUUCCAAAAAGUGUCGGUUUGCGUACAUUGAAGUAAGUGGGAAAUGCUAGGUAGCUAACACUGACAUCAAAAUCACCCUGCUCAAUCGUUCAGUUGUACUUUAGUGUUAUGAAGCUGCGGAAAGUUAAAUUCAGCUACACGGCUUCUUUGUGUAGCUUAAUGGCAUAAUUCAAAAUAGCUACAACCCUUAUUUGCUCUUAGUCAUCAGUCGGAUUGUUUUCUUCUCGGUCGCCUCUAAAAAUCCCGCAGAGAGGAUUUUUAUCACACAAUCGCCACAAUGGCGGAGACUAUUCAGUCGUUCCAGUCCCAGCUUUCUGGAGUGAUGGAAACGGUGUUCAAGGCUGCCAUCUAUGAGAUCACCCGGCUGGUGGAGGACAGCUUUGUCGAGGAAGUGCUGCGGUGCAGGGAGCAGGUGGAGUCCCUGGAGAAGAGGCUGAUGUCGGCGGAGAGCCGCCGGAAAGAGAGGCAAGACAACGGGAAGGAGAUGUGUGUUGACUGCGGGAGAGCCAGGAUGGACGGGGAGAGCAAAUCCACAGUGUCAGAAAAAAGCCUGAAACAGGAGAGUGUGUCACAAGAAGAGGCAGAGAGUUACCACAACACUGCUGGCGAGAGACUAAUUAAUAACACUGAAGAAGAUACGCAAGAGGCAAACGGCGGUGAACAGUCUCUAGGUGAACAAGAGGACGCACGUAACAGACAACUUAAAGAAGAAACUUCUCAGGGUGUACUACCAAGAAACACUGAAUCACACGGCUGGAGCAUCAGCAAAGAAGAAACAGACACAUCAAGUCUACCAGGACCAAGUAAACAUUUCAGUGAGCAGAAUAACCCAGCCUGCCAUUUAAACUGGAAACCUAGCUUCAACCAGAGACCAGAGUUGAGCCAAGAUGGACAGUCGGAGGUUCUCUCCGAAUCUAAUUUCCAGGGCAGGUACGGCUUGAACGAGUUGGGUAGCUUUGGCAAACCUGGAUACGGAGAGAUGGGUAACUUUGAUAGGCUGCAAGGUUCCCCAACCCACCUGCUGGAUGACCUUAGGUAUGUGGAUCAGUAUAAUGAGAAUAGGAAACCCUCCGAAGGAGCUGAGCACCAGUGUUACACAGCGGGGUCUCCACAGAAUAGAGGGACUGGAGAGCGUUCCCCUGUAAGGACUAACAGAGAUGUGAGCGGGGAGUUCAGCUGCUUGCUCAUAGACGAAGAAGGAUAUCUGCAGGAGCCGAAUGUCAGAUACACUGACCAGGUAUCUGGUGACUUGGGCAGCAGAAUGAGUUGUCGAGGCCAGGGAGUUCAGUUCCCCACUGGAGCAUAUGAACUCUCAGCCGCAUACAACGACACACUAAACUUGGAACAAAGGUUGCAUCAUCAAAAUGCAGAUAAUGAAGCAAGGAGCAGCACCCAUAACCACUGUUUUACCUCCUUACCUAAUUCUGUUUCUUUUAAGUCCCACAAACCGUCCCAUAAAGGUACAGGACAAGGGUCCUCGUACAUCUGCAACCAGUGUGGAAAGACCUUCACUCAAGCCUGUAAUCUGAAAGUCCACCAGAGAAUCCACUUAGGGCAGGGCCUCCAUCUCUGCAGCCACUGCGGCAAAGGAUUCCCGUCCUUUGCCAACUUAAAAACGCACAAAUGCAGCCAAACAGGUAACAAACCGUAUUGCUGCGCCGUUUGUGGGAACAAGUUCAGCCGCCUCUGGAACCUGAAGCUGCACCAAAGGAUUCACACGCAUGAAAAACCUCACAGGUGCAGCAUGUGUGAUAAAAGCUUCACAAGGGCAGAUAUCCUGAAAGUGCACCAGCGCACGCACACAGGGGAAAGACCAUACUGCUGUGCAGUCUGUGGCCUCAGCUUCAAACGCCUGGAUCACCUGAAGACACAUCAGCGCAAGCAUGUGACAAACCUGUAGUGACUUAUUGAGAGCGAGUUUGGUUAUACUGGUGCUUAUCAUAUCAGGUAUCUUCAAAUGAACAUUAACAUUAUUACGCAAUGAACUUUACUGGUUGCAUUUAUUUAAUGCAAAUAUUUAAAUACUUUUUAAAUGUUGUUAUGAAAACCAAAAUUUGACCAAAUAUAUUUGACAUCUUUAAAAUAAUGUCUUCUACCUAAUUACCUCUGUAGUCUUGGUAGGUUUAAUGCAAUGUAUUAGAUCGGACUGUAUGUGAUUUCUAUGCUGGAUCAAAAUAAAACUGGUUUGGGAUGUUA